UUUUGCUACAGCCUGAGAUGAGAUAAGGACAUGCCAUGAUUAUUCCUUCACUCAAGAUCAACCCACUUUUCUCUACUACCUUCUUGCAAAAGGAGAUGGGAUCAAAACCGAAGGUCUCCUACCAAAGAUUGAGAUCAGAACUUUGGUUUGAUGAAGAUGGUGAUUAUCAUGAUAUUGAUAUCAGAGAGAAGGUGAUCAGACGGUUUAGAAGCCGCCGAUUCAGGAAGGUGCAUAUCAGGAGAAAACUGAGGAUAAAAAUUCCAAGUUUGAAGAGAUUGUUGAGACGAAAAGCAAGAUUAGUGAAGAUUGGUUGGUGUAAGAUUUUGAAAAGAUUGAAGGAAAGUCAGUCCCAUUUUGGUGAUCUUUUUGCUGGGAAUUAUAUGUUCAUGCAAGUAACUCCAACCCCAUUGAAGAGUGCUGAUAUCAGGUAUUCUCUUCCCAAGAUUGCAUGAUGAAUCCCAAGGGGACGGGACGCCUACUACACAGUACUGAAUAGGAUUGAACAGUAUAACAAAUAAGCUUUUAUGUUUGGUAAGCUCGACAGAUGACAAUGGACAAUAAUAUUGUGUGCAACAUUAUCUAUUUCUUUGGCAUUGUGCAGUACACAAUAUUCGACAGUAUAAUGAAUAUGAUUUUAGGUUCUUUUUGUUUUUAGUUACCGCACAAACAUAAAAUAAAAAUUAUUCAUUGUACAAUAUACUAUACAGUCAUGUACUCUAUUGUGUUGUGUAACCCGAAUUCUCUUGCAUGUUUGGCAUGAAUAAUCAUUCUAGCUGCUUUGUCUUUCUUAA